AUGGUACUCUAUAGAAUUAUUCUUUUGAUUUACUCAUAUUAUACCCUACAACUACUGGCUAUAUAUGCUAAUUUUAAGCUAAUAUACUGUGAUAUAAGAAAUCAUGUGGUGACAAAUAUUAGAAAAUCAUCUGUUGUUAAACCUAUUGAUCUGGAAACAAAGCUUCACGUAUUUAACCACUCUGAAAACUAUGGAAGCUUAAGUAACAUCCCAGUUUGGGAAGAUGCAGGAGAUUAUGAUAUACUAAUUGAAAAUCCUAGUUCAGCAAUAUCACAGCUAGUAACGAAUUUAUCUGAUGAAUACAUAAAAAGUAUGCAAGAGAAACAAAGUUACUAUCAGCUUAGAGAAGAGGAUUAUGAUACCAUAGACUCUCUUCAUAAGUUUUUUCCUCAAAGUAACCAAAGUGCAACAGACUCUAAGAUAAUAGGAGUACUAAAUUUGGUAAGUAGAAUUGUUGUAGUAAAAAUGUAA